UAGAAGUACUGAAGAGUAUGAUACUAGGAGGAUAAGGAGAUAUAUGGAGGACAAGGGCUUCUGAGGGAAGCAGAUUUUAAGCCCAUAAGGAAAUGAUAAGGAAUCCCAAAAGCAGGCUGGAAGCCAACACACAAUACUUCAGACUCUAUAACUUCCCUAAGACAGGCCAGCUUAAAGGAGACUUAAAUAAUAGUGAAGUUUAUGAAUCAUUGACACUUAAAGCUCCAAUUUUGGACAUAAACUCCUCAUCUACUUUUCCUGUCCUUUGUUCCUUUUGUCUGAAAUACUCUUGGAUCCUGAGUAGUGCUGAGUAGAUUUCUGGACCAUUACAGUCAUUCUCUCCAAACAUGUUUGGGUUCUUGUCGUUUAUAAUCCUGACUAGGUACGUUGCAGUAUCCUUGCUCUCUUCUUCGUCGUAGAGCAAUGGGAGAGAGUUUAGCAAAGACUUUAUCAAGCUAUUUGGGAUAUAUGCGGGGUUUCUCUUAAAUAUUCACAUUUUUAUAAUAAAGCUGAAAUAGCAUUAUCCUUUGCUUCUCCUUUAAACUCACUCUGCAUGGAAGGAUCAAUGAAACACUUGUUUACAAUGUAGAAGAUCUUGUCUUCGUGCUCUUGGAACAGCUCGUGAUCCAUUCUUUCUGUGACUUGGCCAAGAAAGUAGCAGACAGUUUGGAUGAGCCCUCUUCCUUUGGCCAGAAUCUCUUCAGACGCUUCAUAAGCCUUAUUUAGCAUCAUUACAAUAUUAUCAGAGAAGAAACUUGGGUUCAGGUGGUCUAAUCAGUCACAGAAGAAACAAAAUGCUGUCUGGUAUUCAUCGUCGUGAAUAGGCUCAGAUGAUAUAAUUUUGUAAAAACUUGGCAGGUACUUGUCAACCCACAGCUCUGUGAGUGUAAAUUUGAACUUGGGCAAUAUCUUUCAUAGAAGAUUGCUGAUUGCACCAAAGAUCACACUAUUGUCAGAUAGCCUCUCCAUUAACUCCAUUGUGUCAUACUCUGUAGUGAAGUUGCCUAGUUCUUCAUAACUUUGAAUUAAACUGUUUCUGUUGUCAAUCCCAAACUUGAGAGCUCCCAUUACUCCAGAACCGCUCUUAGUCAAGAAAUCAGUGAGAUCUGACAAAUCUAAAGGAACGUAUUUAGCUAAGCAAUCUUCAAGGACAUUAAUUGCCCCUUCAAUUCUGGAGAUUUUGUCUCUACGUUUUACCAGCUUAUCUAAAUUAUUGGUAAGGGUUGGAAGAAUUCUAGUUCUGAAUACUUCUGGCUUAUCUCGGUCUUUUAUCAACCCAAAUAUCUUGGGGAUACCUUCAACCCCACUCUUAACAAUUAGAUUGUUGUAUUUAUACUCGGAAUUCACUUGUAGAAUAUCUAAUGUAUCUGGGAUACAUGGCUCAAAUAUAGGGCCUAAUUUCUCUGCUACAUGAACCAAGGCCUCACAAGCACUCGCUCUUAAGAAGAUCAUGGCAGCGCUAAUUGUAAGAGAUCCGCUAAGCAGCCCAUUUAUUGUUGGAUUAUCUGUAAAAGUGUUAUUUAGCAUAUUUCCGAACAAAGAAUGUCCUUCUCCCUGAGUAAUGACACUCUCAAAAUCAGAGGUAGAGAGCUUCUUGUUGAUAUUCAUCAAUACUUCAAUCAUCGGGAGAGAUUCUUCUUUCAGUACAAUUGCUAGUCCAACCAAUGCAUUUAGUUCCGCCUUUAUAAUAUCUUUCUGCCCUUCAGUAGCUUGAUCAAUUGCUCCUUCACAGAAUUGAGUGAUGUCUGUGAGAAAUUUCUCAGUUAUUUUCUUUGCAAUAGGCCUUACUUGCAUACACUUUAUAUGGUCAUCAGAGAUUGCAUGCAUCAAAAAGCCAAUGGCUCUGCAUCAAUCCUCGACUAUCUCAUCUCCAAAGUGGUUUUCCCCGUUGAUUACAUUGGAAUUUUCAGCCACUUGGAAGAUCAAGGGAGCAAUUUGGUCAUAAUACCUUGAAUCAAACUUCUGGUCCUCACAAGGGUAUUCUUCCUUAUCAUAAAUACUCAAAAGUAAGUCAAUUCAAGCAAGUCAGCUGACCUGGAAUUCAUUGAUGAGACUCUUUGAAUAAGGCACCUCUUCAGUAGAGUUAAGAGUGUCUCGAAGCAUGGAUAUUAAGACUGGAAAUACCCUAUCCAUAUGGCUGUGGAUUAUGAAUUUUGUCUUUUUGUCCUUCUCUUCAACUUCUUCAUCAUGUGAGUCCGCCAAACCUUUGAAAGUGUUAACCAAUGCGGCUAAAGCAAUUCCCUUGAUCUUGAAUUCAGUGCUGGUAUCAUCAUCUGGAACGAUUAGAGACAUUAGUUUUGAGACGAUUUCAUCAUGAUGCUCUCGAGGUACUUCAGGGCUAAGAGCACUUAUGAAUAAAGCAAGUCACUUAAUACCUGCUUCUUGGACUUGUGGGUGCUCAUCAAUCACUCCGGAUGCAGCAAGUUGAAGGACCUCCUGCUUGUUCUCCUUAAAUGCUUGUUUACAUGCCUCGGAUAUUAUUGAUAAUAAUGAGUAUCCUGCGUGUCUGAUCUUCCAGUCUGGAUCCUUAAUAGAAGACUUGAUUGCUUCUGUACAACUCUCUAAGAUCAGAGACUGCCCGAUCGAAGUUGAGAAUUCAUCAAGCUUACUGCUUGCUAUCCCAUAUUUUAACGUCUCAUCAUUAUAUUGAUUAAUCUCUUCAGAAGAUAAAUGCAACCAUUGCUCUUCCUCAGCAAGAGGAACAUUACACAGAAGUGAGAAACAAGUUGUAAAGAAUGUGUUGAUGAACCUCUUACUCCUCCUCACUUCCACUUGAAAUAAUGAUGCAUAG